ACGAAUCAGUACUGCUUUAGUUUUUGGAGAAGCAAGAAUAAAUAUUACUGACCUAUUCUCGAUAUACAUUCUAUAAAGAAAGAAUACGACUUUUUAUAUUCUUACAAUUAGAAUAUAUAAAGAAAAGUAGAAUGAAGAAUGCUAUCGUGCUUGCUACGUGUUUGCUAAUUACGGUAGUUUAUGCAGCUGAUCCUGAACAAGUGCGAAAAGUUCGUUCAACUUUAGCAGAAUGUGCAAAAACAUUUCCAAAGUGUGGAAAUGACCCAAAGGACUCCCUUAUGUGUCUUGAUGCUUGGAUUUGUACAUUAGGAAAGUUUGACGCAAUUGAUAAAAAUGGUGCAAUGGUAGAUAAAAAGGCUAUUGAGUUUUGUAACAAUCUAAUCUCUGAUUCUAAUAACGUGGCUCAUUGCGAAAAGGUAGCCAAUGGGUGCUUUGAGAAAGGAAAUCAAAGUUCAGGAUCCGACAACGAGAAAACCCGAGUUAAAUUGGAAUGUGCAAUAGAAGCUGGUCUACCAAACCUUAUUGAUGAGCCAAAAUAAAA